GGGUUGAGCAUGGCGCGGGCAGCCAUCUCCGAGGUGUCCGAGUACUUAAGUCAAAAUCCACGGGUGGCCGCCUGGGUGGAGACGCUGCGUAGCGACGGCGAGACGGACAAGCACUGGCGCCAUAGACGCGAGUUUCUGCUUCGCAAUGCCGGAGACCUGGCCCCGACCGCCACCACCGAAGCCGCCUCGGUGGAAUGCGGGGACCGUCGUCGCCAGCUGCAGCAGCUCGUCUCCUCCUCUAUGGCCUGGGCCAACCAUAUUUUCUUGGGGUGCCGGUAUCCACCCAAAGUUAUGGAUAAAAUACUUAGUAUGGCUGAAGGCAUCAAAGUGACAGAUGCUCCAAUCCAUACAACAAGAGAUGAACUGGUUGCCAAGGUGAAGAAAAGAGGGAUAUCGAGUAGCAAUGAUGGGGUAGAAGAACCUUGCAAAAAACGGGCAGUUGAAGGAAAGAGCAGUUCUACUAGUAUUCAGGAUGCUUUGAAGACUUGUGGCAAAACAGAGCAGGCAUCACCAAAGCAGGAAGUCAAGGUGGGGGCAGUGCCAUCCAUUAGACCUGUGGGAGAAAAUAUAAAUCGGAGCUCUAGCAGCACUUUGGAAAGGGGGAGUACACUUUCCCAAGAGGGGCUGGGAGUAAAGAAUAAAUCCACCAGUGAGCCAGCGCUUGAAAAUUUUGGAAAGCAAAACACCACCUCCAAUACCAGCACUUCUCAGGUUAUAGCAUCAGCCCCUGAAAAGCUUUCAGAUAUAGAAACUUCAGAUAAACCUGCUACAAUACUAAUUUCUUCUGUGACAACAUCCAAUAUGAAUAGUGUUGGGAUCCAGUUAAUUGAUCCCAAACAAAAUGCAUCCCCUAAAAAAACUAUUUCGGAGAGCACUUCAUCUUUGUGUUCUCAAAGUGCUUCAGAGACAGAACUGCCUCUGUUGAGUUCUCAUACCAGGUCAGAGACAACAAGUUUGCCAUUGUUGGGUUCCCCAACCAGCUCAGAAGUGGAGCUGCCACUGUUAUCCUCCAAACCUAGUUCAGAAUUGCUCCCCCUGUUAGGUUCUAAAACCACUUCAGAUGGCAGCCCAUCACAGUCAACUUCCAAAACUAACUUGGAUUCAAGCAUUUCAUCUAAAAACAAUUCCUCAACCAGUGUGCAAAUUUUAACUCCCAAAAGCACCUCUUCAGCAAGCACUUUACUGCUGCCCUCUAAAAGCAGCUCCCAAGUAGCUGCCACACUGUUGGCUCCUAAAGGCAAUUCCCCAGCUACAUCACUGUUGUCUUCCAAAAGCAGCUCCCAGACAAGUGUAGCCCUGUUGGCUACCAAAAGUUCCUUGACAAGUGUAAACCCGCUGGCUUCUAAGAGUAGCUCUCAAACUAGCACAUCACAGUUACCUUCUAAAAGCAGUUUACAGUCAUGUGAGAGUUCUGUUAGGUUUUCUUGCAAAUUAACCACUGAAGAUGUAAAACAGAAGCAACCUUUUUUCAAUAGAUUGUAUAAAACUGUGGCAUGGAAGUUAGUGGCUGUUGGUGGUUUUAGUCCCAGUGUGAAUCAUGGGGAACUCCUAAAUGCAUCUGUGGAGGCUCUAAAAGCAACAUUAGACGUUUCUUUUGUUCCAUUAAAAGAACUGGCUGAUCUGCCUCAAAAUAAGAGUUCUCAAGAAAGUAUAGUGUGUGAAUUGAGGUGCAAGUCUGUUUAUUUGGGUACUGGCUGUGGAAAGAGUAAGGAAAAUGCCAAAGCAGUAGCAUCGAGAGAAGCUCUGAAGUUAUUUCUCAAGAAAAAAGUGGUGGUAAAGAUAUGUAAAAGAAAAUACAGAGGAAGUGAAAUAGAAGAUUUGGUGCUUCUUGAUGAAGAAUCAAGACCUACAAACUUACCUCCAGCUUUAAAACAUCCUCAGGAGCUACCAUAGCAUGUUUAAAAGGUCACUGCAUAAAGCUUAUAUAGUGUUUUAACAUUUGGACCGAAGUUUACUUUUGUACACUAAAAUAUUGGCUUUCAGGCAUUUUGUAUUGCUUUCCCCCCUAGUUUUGCAGAAAACCCAUGUUAUAGUUGUCUUCGCUUAGUAGCAGCAGUUGUAAAUAAUUUAUGAAUGAAUAACAGUAUUCAUUUAAAGGUAUGCCUUAACAUCAUAGCACACCAGAAUGCUGUUUACUUUGCUAAAGAGUGUACCCAUGUCUUCUCUUUUUAAUGGUACAAUAGGUAAGGUAUGCAGUUAAAUAUAGUCUUAAUACUUUUUGUACUACUAAAACUUUGGUGAAAAUGUAUUAUGAGUGUUACCUUGCUUUUUUUUUCUCCUAAGCAGAAAAACAAGACAAAAAAGACCUUUCAUGUGAAAGUAAUGGGGACCAGUGUUUAAAAAAUAGGUGUCUAAAAGGCCAAGAAAAAUAUAGAGAGAUCUUAGAGAGAAUUCAUGUCAAAUAUGCCUGUUAGUAUGAAGUACUAUGAAGUACUUGACAUUAUUUUACACUGAAAUUGUUGCUUAAUUCAGUAUAAUUUUUACCUAUUCGAAUUCAUUAGGUUAAUUUAUGUUCAAGGUAAAAUUAAAUUUUUUUCAGAAUGAAAAAAUGGGCUUUGUAUAUAAGCACAUUUGUGACUGCUACUAUAAAAAUUUGAUUUGUUUAGAUAUUAAAUGCUAAAAACUAUUUUACCUUUUAAAGAAGUUUUGUGUUUUUCCCCUAGCCAAAAUUAAUUCCUUGGAAUAUUUUUUAUUUUAUUUUAUUUUUUUUUUAGCGUCAGUCACUGUUCACCUGGUUAUUUUCCAUAAUUAGCAUAUUCCUCUGGAUAGGUAAAACAUUUGUCAAGCCAAAUACUAGAUACUGUGAUUUUUAUUUGUAAAUAAAUGUUUUAGAAGAGGAUGUUUGGGAGGAACUGAGUUAAAUGAUUUCAUGAGCAUGUUAAUUUCUUGUGAUCUAAAUUUUAUUUACUUUUGGUGUGGUAGUGAUUAAAUAGAAUCUUGUCAUGCCACAAUAUCAAUUCAUUUUACUGAAUUGUUUAAUGUUCUUUGACUCUGAUUUACUGGAGUAAUUCUUCAUUUUCUGCAUUUGGUAUACUUACCUUAAGUUUUGGUUAUCUUCUUCCUCAUUCUUUGAAUCUUCCUCCUUUACUUCUUCCAGUGGUAUAAGACAUAUUGUUCAGUAACUUAAUAGGUUGGAAGAGAGAAAGGGAAAUCAACUAUCUUGCAGGUGCUUUUGACACUUUAAAAGGAAUAUUACCUGACCAUAUAGUUUGCAGAGAAAUUUGGAAAUUAGAACUUAAGUUUUUGGAAGCCUUUACUGAUUUCUGAAGACUUUUAUGACAGUAUUUGUUUGGAAUUUAUAAAAGUUCUUUGAGAUAGGAUUUUUUUUUUUUUUUUGGAAGAGAAAAGAAAUGCAGCUGUUGUGACUUGAAGUCUCAGCAAAUAACUGAGGAACAAACUAUUGGUCUCUUGAUUAUAAAUCAGUGAUCUGUCUGGCUGCCUUUUUAGAAUAUAUGGAAAUGUAACUUCUUUCUGUUGUACCUUAGAAAUAGUAGUCAAAGUUAUUCUCUAUGGAUUUUAGCAUUUAAGAUCUAAUUAUUAAUGAGGUUCUGCUUCAAAGAGUGGCUUAGAUUUAUGAUUACAUUAGUGUGGAUACUCCCUCCAUUGGUGCAGAUUACCACAUCUUUCUACACCUUUAUAUGGAUGGUCUUUAUGCUAUAGCCAAUCUAUUCUCAGAGGAGAGUUACCUUAAUCUCUUUAUGCUUUUGUCUCUUAAAGCCUUUUCCAUCUUGAUAUAGAAUUUGCAGCCUAUAACAGUUUUAACAACUAUUGUAAUAACUGUUAAUAAGAACCCCCCCCCCCCCCCCAAGAUCACUGCCAUUUCACAGUGCAGCAUCAGAGAAGAAAUUCAGUGGUGGUUUUAACUAACCGCUAAUUAUAAUUUGUGCUAGAAUGACUUACUUGGAUAACUUUAUUAAGUAUCAGUAAUUUAUACAUAGUGUGGAAAUAGCUUUCAUUAGUAUUUAUCUCAGGUCUUCUGGGAAGGAGGAGAAAGGAUUGGGGGGGGGGAAGAAGUGAUUACUCAGAAGUAGUAACAGAUAACAGAAUUAUAAUUUACAGAAUUUCAAAGUAGGCUGGCUACAAAUGUAACAGAUAACAGAAUUAUAAUUUACAGAAUUUCAAAGUAGGCUGGCUACAAAUGUAUGGAAGGACCCUAUUCUGAGAUAGAAUAUCCAACUACUUUUACCUUGUCUUUUUGUGAAAUGAAAUAGACAUUGAAAUAUGCUAGGUACAAGAAUUUCUUGGUAUGAAAUAUAUGCAAACUUUUUAAAUUUACCAUAUGAAAGGAAAUAGAAUAAUGAAAAUUAUAUCAUCAUGAAUGUUAGAAAAACAAACUAAUUGAUCAAACUAAAAUGGCUUCAAAACAGUCCUCCAAAAGGUAUGUAUGAUAAGGCAAACAAGACAAAUGUUUUUAAAAAAUUAACAUCAGCCCUAAAUUUGUAGAGCACGUAACCCAUUGCCUUGUGAAGUAGGAGGUAUAGUAUAAGCAUCCCUGUUUUAUAGGUGAGGAAUCUUGAGUCUUAAACCUUUCCUCCCCCUCCCCCCUCAAAUCCUAACUUCAUGUCUAGUCUGCAUACAUCCAAGUGAGUGUUGUUCCUUCAAACUCUUCUUGAGAUUAUAUUUUACUUUAGUAAUGCUUGCAUUAUUAAGGACUUUUUUUGGAAUUGUUUUCAGAGUGUCUCAUUUUCAGUGGUGGCAAGUCUUCAUCCUCAGAAUGGGUUUGACUUUUGGAAAUAGCCAAGCCUGGCAAAUAAGGUGGGUAAUCAAGUUGAGUAAUAACAAUUUAAGUCAUAAAACAAAGUAUGAGACAAAGUUGCAGAUUUGUCCUUGUGUGGCUCAUUUAUUUGCUCCAAAGGGGGUUCCAGAAUUGUUUGGUGGAACAGCAUCACUUGGAAUCUGAUGAGCUCUUUGAGAGCAACAAAUGCCCUUUCGGUAAACUUGGCCUCAAAACAUUACAGAUGGGAUGGAAUGAAUUAUUUGUUGACUAGGCUCCCCGAAAUAAUUCAGCAUAAAGAAGAACUAGUGGAUAUGUGCCUAAUAUAUUUUUUUUUAAUUUCAUUUCACUCACAUAUUAGAAUAGUCUGUCUUUUAUGUGCUUCCCUUCUAUUCCACCCCCAUGUCCUUUACAGUGAAGUCCAGUUUAAAUUCAAUUGUUAUGUAUCUUUUUGAAAGUAAGUCCUUAGUAUCAGCUUCUGUAUUGACACCAAAUUCUCUGCUGCCUGAGAUCAUUGCUAAGACAAUGCUACACUUUGACUAUACACUGUUGCUCAAAAUACUGCCUUGGUUAACAUUUUGAAAAAUUUUUUUAUUAUAAACUUAACUAUCAAUAACAAUGAGGGGAAAAUCACACAAACUUAUAAAAAAGCUUUAACAAAAUAACAUCUAAUUUGCCGUCUUAUUUCUGUCUACUUAUUAGAUUAUGUUGUGUUAGUUUUUUCAUGAUCAAUGUCUGUGCAUAGUGUUGCAAUGUACAUGCAUAACAUUUCUUUUCAUAAUAAAGGAUUAACAUGG